CGUACUGCACGGAGUCCCGUUCCCUCCAGCGGAGCCCUUUUCACUGCACCACCAACUUGUCACCAAAGAUGGCGAUUUGCUGAGUGCUCAUGGAUACACACAUUUCGCGGAUACUUACUAUAUUACUUAAAACUCAAACUUAAAUAACAAAUUAAUUUACGGGCUACUCGUACUGUAUUUAAAGCACAUCUGAAAUAGCGUCAACCACCGCUACCAUGCAGAUCACGCUUAAAACACUGCAACAGCAGACUAUUCAAAUUGAGAUAGACCCCGACCAAACGGUGAAGGCUUUGAAGGAGAAGAUAGAAGCAGAAAGAGGAAAAGAUAACUUCCCGGUGUCUGGGCAGAAGCUGAUAUACGCUGGGAAGAUCCUGCAAGAUGACACACCAAUCAAAGACUAUAAAAUUGAUGAGAAGAAUUUUGUUGUAGUGAUGGUGUCCAAGGUUAAGUCCGCAGCUGCUGCCUCGCCUCCACCCUCGGAAACACCCAAGCCCUCAACCCAAGACUCUGGCUCCACGUCAACAGCUGCCCCAGCCUCAACCCCAACCCCAGCCACAGCCCCUACCCCAGCAGCAGCCCCCACUCCCCCUGAGGAGGCCAAAGAGGAGCCCAGUGCUACAGACACAGAACCACAACAACCAGCCAGCUCCAGUGGCGGGAGUCAGGGGGUGGAUGCCUCUUCAGCACUGGUGACUGGAGCAGAGUAUGAGGCCAUGCUGACAGAGAUUAUGUCUAUGGGCUAUGAGAGGGAGAGAGUGGUAGCUGCUCUACGGGCCAGCUUCAACAACCCCCACAGAGCUGUGGAGUACCUCCUCACUGGUAUCCCCAGUAGCCCAGUCCAGGAGACUAAUCCCCCAGUGCAGCCUCCUGCCUCUGGACGCACAGAUGCCCCAUCUCUAGCAGAGGGAGAGAACCCAUUGGCGUUCCUGCGGACCCAGGCCCAGUUUGUGCGUAUGAGACAUGCUAUCCAGCAGAAUCCUGCGCUGCUACCAGCCCUGCUGCAGCAGCUGGGCAGGGAGAACCCCCAGCUUCUACAGCAAAUCAGCCAGCACCAGGAGCUGUUUAUCCAGAUGCUGAAUGAGCCAGUGGGUGAGGGGGGAGAGGGACCAGAGGUGGGAGAGCUUGGAGCGGCAGGGGAGGAAGGAGCGCCCGUCAACUACAUCCAGGUCACACCUCAGGAGAAGGAAGCCAUUGAAAGGUUAAAAGCAUUGGGUUUCCCCGAGGCCCUGGUUAUCCAGGCCUACUUCGCCUGCGAGAAGAACGAGAACCUGGCAGCCAACUUUCUCCUCAACCAGGGUUUGGACGAUGACUGAACAGCAGAGAUUACUGCCUUCCUGCUCCUUCCUCCCUCCCCUCCCCCUCUUCAGCUCAGCACAAGGACUGCACCCCCCCACUAUACUGUACAGCUACCAGCCUCAGCUCAACCCAACAGCAGGGGGGAGGGAGAGGGGAGAGCUAGCAGGGGCAGUGAUGGGAUGGGGAGGGGAGGACGGGGCAGGUUAGGUUAUGGGUGGGCAGGGGGUGGGGGGUGGGGUUACAAGCUACAGUACACAAAGUGGAGGUUGUGUGCAGGAAGAUCAGGUUUGGGAUAUGUGGUUGGUUAUUGAGAGGAUGGGGCGAGAAGUGUGGAGGAAAUAUGAAAUCCACGUGAAUUCCAAUGGAAUGUGUGGGGUUUGUUUAGGGAAGAUCUAUAAUUUGAUUCUAGACGCGCUUGGGGAACAUUAGGGAGGGGAGCAAUGGGGCUGAAGAGUUUGUGACGGCGCGUGUGUGUGUGUGUGAGAGAGUGUGCGAGUACAUGUCUGUGCGCCUGUGGCAGGUGGAUGCGAUACAGUUAAGCUGAAAAAAAAAAAAGUUAAUUGAUUUGCAUAUCUAAGCUUGUUAAUGCUGUAGCUGGAUUUCACGGAAGCACAUUCUCCUCACUGCACUUCUACAAAUGUUUUCAGUGUGUGUAACCGCUCGUGUGUACCUCUGUCUGCCUCUGUAUGCAUCAUUCAUGUUCGUCCAAGAAUGAAAUGGGCAGAGAUGGACGUGCUAAUGCGCUUUGUGUUGUGUCUGAGAUGAUAUUACUGGGGUUUCUCGGGCCAUGGGAAAGAAAUGGGAACUACACUGACGAUAAAGAAGAUUCCGAUUCUAGGUUUUUUUUUUUUUUUUUGACUUUGUACCACCCUCACCUGUCCUGUCAUGGUAGCUGUACGGACUGCAGCAUGUUCCACUGCAGAUACCACCAGUAGAGCUCAAAUGCGCCUGUCCACAUAGGCUAUUAAGAGGUGGUGCUCAUUAACACUAUCAAUAAUCUUACUGUGCAACAUACAAACCAAUAAUUUUCCAGGAUUCUAAAUCAGUUACAUGUAUUUGUGUUAUGACCAUCUGCUUUGGGGAAUCAAAUAUUAUAAAUUGUUUCAGAACAAUUGCAAUCUCCAAUUGUCACAUGUUGCUGUAUUAAAAUCUCAGUGAACUGUGAUGUUGCCCAGUAAAAUUCACGUGACCAAUUUUUAUGAUCACUAGAUGCAAUGACAAAAAUACUUUGGAGGCUGUGAAAACAGGUACAUUUUAGCUCUGCAGUUGAUAUGCUGAAUGAUGAACUGAAACCUUUAAAUUCCUCCCCACUUUACCAAUAGUGAGGCCUUUUUUUCCAUUUUAUUCAAGGCAGCCUACACACUCGACUGUAUGUCUCUUAGUUUGCCCAUAAGUUGACCCACAGUGUGUGGGAAGACAUGCAUUACUCUUUCUUGUAAGUAAGUUUAGCAAGUUAAAAAAAAAAAAAAAGUCACCAAAAUAAUUUAAUUGCGUGCACACUUGUGUUUGUAGGUGUGCGAAUGUGCGUUUGCAAACUAAUCUUUGUGCAGGGGAGGUACUGCUUGGUGCGGUUUAUGCCAUCAGCACGUGGUGUCACAAGUGACCAUUGAGUCAGCAGGACCAGGCAACAUUUUAUUCCUAAUCUGUUUUAUAUUCAUUUUUUUAUUAUUAUUGCUUGUUCUAUACAGGUCCCAAAAGGUUGAGUUUAGAGUAAACACCUUUUAUAUCGUUCCUGCCACUUAGGUUUCAUAUACUGUUGUUAACAUGUUGAGGAAAGUGGUCUAAGUCAGCAGGAGGUAUUUCAGUACUAUUUCAAAAUGAGGUGCUGCUCUGAUUAAUACCGCCACAAUUUCCUAACCUGUGGCUGUGUUGGAAUGUCUUGACAAAAAAAAGAAAAAGAAAAAAACAUAAUAUUCACUUUGUAGCUCUUCCUUGCUCUCAGACAUUUUAAAAAAGCUAAAGGAAAGAGCUGUUGUAGACAUUCUUACCACAGUCCAAGAAUCCACUUUGGAUCAGCAGGGACCAAUCCAUCUGGAAUGCUGGAGUCACACUUUGAACUUCUUUCCCACUACAGAACAAACACGCCUCUAUCUUCCAAACCUCGGUCAAAUAACAGCUCUAAAAAAAAAAAAAACUAAGCCUAUUGUUUUAAAUGAAUUAUACCAGUUAAGUUGUUUCCCACAUUACAAUAUUUGAGAUCAAAUUUCAUUAAGCUGUGAAUCAGAAAAUUAUACUAAAUAAACAUAAAAAGUACUUUCCUGCUUGUCAGAAUCUUCUGGUGCUCAUUGUACUGCCCUCCAUGGCGUAGCUGACCAUGCCACUUCAUUAGGCUGAAUUCUAAAUUUCGGAGAAUACUAUUAACCUACGUGUUGUAUCUUUAACUUGGAGCAUGUUGUUUUUUGUUGAGUGGAUGACAUCACAUGAUAAGGGGAAAGAAUUUGUGUCAAGAUAUACACUAUGCAUAUCAAUGCUCAAUUAGAUACCAAACCACAAAUGACAAGAAAUUGUGGGAAAAAUAAAUCUAGCCCUUCCUCAUUAUCGGCAGCACAUCCACCAACGAUCUUUGUGAGGCAUAUUAAUGUAGACGUUUCCGGUCUGGUUGUGAGGUGUGCGGCGGGGACGAGAGACAAAUGCUUCUGGUUUGGACUACAGGGUUUCUCAGCUUAAUGUGGGUCAAUGAACAGCCAUAAAGUGUGGAGAUACAAAAUGCUUAUGUGAAGGCUUUCACUGAUGGUCUCCAGUCUCAUUCUGUAUGUGUGAAGGUAGUUUUUACUGACAUUGAGUGUCCUACAGCAUCAACAUGAUCUUAGACUAUGCUGUGCUACAUUAAAUAUCAGCAGUCUUUGA